AUGGACUGGAAGGUAUUGACCUUUCUGGUAUGUUUGUAUGGCUUUCUAAAGGAGUACCGACCAUCUGAAGCCUAUUUGUCAGAUUAUUUAACUGGGCCAUGGAAGAAUCUUACAGUGAAAGAAGUAAACAAUGAAAUCUAUCCUGUAUGGACUUAUGCUUACCUUGUAUGGCUCGUGCCUGUCUUCCUUCUCACAGAUUAUCUAAGAUACCAACCAAUGUUGGCACUGGGAGGUGUAGCUUACAUUGCAACUUGGUCACUACUGCUUUGGGCACGUGGCGUUUUGGCAAUGAAAUUCAUGCAAAUAACUUUUGGCUUGGUGUCGGCAACAGAAGUAGCUUACUAUUCUUAUUUAUUUGCAAUGAUUUCUAGUGAUCGUUUCAAGAUAAUAACAAGUUUCACAAGGGCUGCAACCCUUGCUGGUCGUUUUGCAGCGUAUUUGACCGGCCAGUUGCUUGUAUCCUUCUACUUGAUGGAUUAUCAUCAGCUAAAUAUAAUAUCGUUUGUGAGUGUUUCGCUGGCUUUUCUUUUAUCUUUGACUUUUAAAAGACCCCAACAUUCUUAUAUUUUUCAAACCGAAGAGAAACAAGUCGACAAACAAGACUUUGUUGAGAUAGAAUUGAACAAGAUUGGAUUAUCAACGAGUCAAGAAAAUUCAAAUGAUCGGAAAAAUACUUUGAAACGAGGUUUCGUGUUUUUAUUGAGAGAAUUAAAGACAUUAUAUUCCGAUAAAUCUGUAUUGAUUUGGUGCUGUUUUUGGGCCUUUGCAUCAUGUGGACAUCUCCAAGUGUCGAAUUAUAUCCAGAACCUUUGGGAAGUUAUAAGUCCAGCUAAGAAAGGAACAAUUUAUAAUGCAGCAGUAGAGGCCUUUGGAACUAUUAUAAGUGUGUUGAGUGUGUUAUUAUUUGGAUUCUUGCCUACUAACUGGUCACGCCCCGGGAUUUCUGAAACAACGAUGGCCAUUGUUUGCUUCUUCAACAUCAUUGUUCUUAUCAUUAUGGCACAGUCCACCAGCAUUUGGGUUUGCUAUGCAUUUUAUAGCGCAUUCAGAGCUACCUAUCACACAGUAAUUACUUUAGCAACGUUACAGAUUGCAAAAUCCCUUUCCAAACAGAGAUAUGGCUUUGUAAUUGGAGUGAACAUGUUUAUAUCCCUUAGCGUUGAAACGCUACUAACAGUUACUGUUGUUGAUAAAGCUGGUCUUGAUGUAAAUGUACGAACACAGUUCAUGGUGUAUGGUGGAUAUUUUGGUGUUAUUGGGUGUGUGUUCCUAGCAGCAGCAUUUUACGCUGUUUACAAGAAUGGUUGUUCUUACAAAGUCAAUCGGCCAGCCGAUUAA